GUCCUCAGUCCUCAAGCCAAGACCCCCAGUUACAUGGAGACCAUCGGGGUGGUAACGGCACGAGACCACAACAAGGUAUAAGAGUUGGCCAGAAUCCCCGAGACUCAACACCUGCAAGACUGACAGAUAACUUGACGCCUCCUCACUUACCAAGAGUACCACAAGACCCACGGGCUGCAGGUAUCCCAACACCAUCUGAUAAUCGAAGACCUCCAGAAGCAUCAACAGCACCAGAAGCCCCAAGAGCUUUGGAAACCCAAAGAAGCCCAGAAAGGCAAGGGUUCCAGAACCUUCAAGAACUCCAGAGAAACCGAAUGAUGCAGAAUCCCUUAGACAGACUGAUAACUUACGACAUUCUGAUGUCCCGAAAGCCUCCGAAGGAAAUAUAACUUACCAAACCUCACAGUUCCCAGGAAACUUGAAAGUCCCAGAUGCUCCAAGAGCUCCUGAAGUACCCAACCACCUGCCACUGGACCUGACCAGCCGCCUGCAAGAGUUCCCCAACUUGGCCGAGUCUCUCCAAACAGGGCCAGUGUCGGCCUCCAUGCACUCAUUCUUCGAGCCAACGAUAUCGGUGGAAGCGGAGGAGCUGAGUGACGAGGAGUGGCAACAGUACCUGGAGAGCGAGUGGGGGAGUGACAAGAUAGUACCGGAUCUCCUCACUGCCCCGCCACCUUACCUGACCAACGUUAAUUUCGGGGACCAUCAAUGUGUUCACCUGGGUAACCUCAUCACACCUGCUCACGCCAGACACAAGCCCAAGCUUCUCGAGUUUCCGGGGGAGGCUGGUCAUCGCUACGCCGUGUUGCUCCUCGACCUGGACCACACCCCCUCACCCUACCUCAGCUGGCUCCUCCUCAACGUCCCCGUGGACCAUUUAAAUAAAGGUGUGGAGGUGGUGGAAUAUGAGGCGCCGCGACCUGGACAAGGCACAGGUCAGCACCGCAUGGUCUUCCUGGUCUACCUGCAAAAGACCUCCCUACCCCUGAACCUGCCAGGCCUACCCGCCUCCAGGUCUUGUCAGAGGACAGGUCGCGAGGGUGUUGACCUGAGCAAGAUGACCCGUGACCUGGCGUUGAAGGGACCAAUAGCAGCCAACUAUUUCCUCUCAGAGUGGGACAUCACGGUCGAGCACUCCUGUACUGACCUCUGAUGACCGGACCUCCACACCUUCGCAGAGGAGACUGAUAGGGUGAUGGAGAGAGAGGGAUAGGGGUGAGGAAGAGGGGGAGUUGGGGUGAUGAACAGAAAGGGAGAAUUUCCCCCAAAUUUCCAAUUUCUCAACAUUUUCCAACAAAAUUAAUUUUUUUUUAACUUUUCCGAAAAUGUUAAAAAAAUUCCCCCCCUCUCCCCCCAAAAAAUCAAACUGCUGUGACGUCAUCACCAACUGCUAUGAUGUCAUCACCAACGGCUGUGACAUCACCAACGGCUGUGACAUCACCAACGGCUGUGACGUCAUCACCGAUGACGAAAUUAAUUGUAAACAGAAUAUUCUAGUCAAUUGAAAACUGGUGUCAGUGUUUACUGACAAAAGCUUCACCUGCUAAAAAAUCAAAUUUCUUUUCUUGUUGACGACCAAAGUUAUAUAAUUCCAGAUACGAGUUGAAAGACCUGGAAUUUUUAUGUUUUUUUGUGAUGAAUAAAAAUAAUCUUGGAAUAUCGUUGAAGUUUUAUGAGUUAAAUAGUUUAGUGGUGAGAAACUGAGGGAAAGAUAAUUGUUGGAACUUGUUUAUAUCAAGUGUGGUGAGGAGAGGGUGGUGAUGUGGUGAAGAGGGGGUGGUG